CAUUCAACUGCAAGUGCAAGCGAAAAUUUGAGCAAAUUAACAACGCUCCAGAGAGACGGCUUUCCCGUCCCCGCCGUACCGUUUGCGGAAGCGGGUCAGGGAAUGUUUUGCUCAAACACACUCAUUUAGUGUUAGGAGAUGCGUAGCAUCCACAGAGACAGUGCACCAUGGCACCUGUGAGAGCUUUUCUGCUCGGGGUUUUUCGAACUGUAGUUUUUGGGUUUGGGUUUAAAAAAUUAACCUAAACACAGAUGUUGCCUCUUGCCUGCUGGUAUAAAGAGAGGGCAAUAUGACCACCAACACUUUGCCACCUAGUAUUAUUUGUCUUCUUCACUGCCAAUUGGCAAGAUUUCAGAGAAUUCAUUCCCGCUGACUUUCAAACCAUUCCGGCACCGAAAUGGAUUUGUCACCCUUGACUGAUAGGGCAUCAAUGCCGUCCUCAACUAUUGCUAGUAGAAUGAGUAUGGGCGGAAUGGACCAUGGGAGCAACAAUGACUGCAAGAUCUCUAUGCUUUGGAACUGGGACGUCAUCAAUGCCUGCUUCAUUUCAUCAACAUGGAGAAUUACCUCUAGGGGCAUGUUUGCAGGGUCAUGCAUCGGCGUCAUUCUCCUCGUCAUGUCUCUUGAAUUCCUCCGGCGCGCUGGUUACGAAUUCGAUAAAUACAUUGCUGGAAGAAGCAACAUCUACUCACGACGAUUGCAACGAAUAAUCAUGAGCCCGAAAUCGACUUCCAGUAGCCUAGGAUCUCCGGUAGAGACUCCGAUUGGCCCAGGAAAUCGUGCUCCACGGCGGCCGACUCUGCUUCAACAUACUGCCCGCUCACUUUUGCACAUGGUGCAAUUCGGUGUCGCUUAUUUCAUCAUGCUGCUAGCCAUGUACUACAACGGGUACAUUAUCAUUUGCAUCUUGAUCGGGUCUUUUCUCGGCUCGUUCGUGUUCUCGUGGAAGUCAGACGCAGAAAAUGAUGCUUGCAAAGUCACUGUGUGUUGUGGCUAGUAUCCAGCGCAUAGAGUGCAGGCGCUACAAAAGAGCUAUACUUGGGCUCUGCGACUAGACCAAUCAACUGGGUUAGUUCAUUUAAAGCGCGGGGCGAUGACUCGGACAUGAUGAAUAAAAGCGUGUAAUAUUGGUCUUCUUCUUGCAUUGAGCAAAAAGGGGUGGCAGGAGUUUACUACAUCUUGAUGUAAUUAAUGUAACUGGUUCCUAGUUGUCAGUUAGGGUAACACCAGGUAAAACUCCUUUUGAUUUUCAGUCUACAGGAAGUUUCUCCGAAUAUAAUAUUAACAAGCAUCAAAUGCUCGCUUACGCUCGCUUUGCUGCUUGCGCAGCCCCCU